UGUGUGGGCGGUGGCGGUGGUUCCGGUUCCGGCGGCCGCAGUGCGGGGGAGGCAGCGGCGGCGGCGGCAGCGAGGCGAGUGGCGCGCACCCCGCAUCGGUUUCAUCCCCCUCCCUCCUCCUCCUCCGCCCCCGCAGUCAGCAGGAGGGAGAAAAUGAAAGCAGGCUGCAGCAUCGUGGAUAAGCCAGAAGGAGGAGGAGGUUAUCAUUUCCCGGAGUGGGCAUACAAGACCGAAUCCAGCCCUGGCUCCCGACAGAUCCAGUUAUGGCAUUUCAUCCUGGAGCUGCUGCAGAAGGAGGAGUUCCGUCACGUCAUCGCCUGGCAGCAGGGCGAGUACGGGGAGUUCGUCAUCAAGGACCCCGACGAGGUGGCGCGGCUGUGGGGCAGGAGGAAAUGCAAACCCCAGAUGAACUACGACAAACUCAGCCGCGCGCUCAGAUAUUAUUACAACAAGAGGAUUCUCCACAAGACAAAAGGCAAAAGGUUUACCUACAAGUUCAACUUCAACAAGCUGGUGAUGCCCAACUAUCCCUUCAUUAACAUCAGGCCUAACGGUGUGGUGCCGCAGAGCGCUCCUCCUGUCCCUACGGCUUCGUCCCGCUUCCAUUUCCCACCACUGGACGGCCACUCGCCCACCGAAGAUGCCCAACCCAGUCGAUUCUCCGGUGGGUCCUUGGUCCCAUCCAACCCAGAAGCAUUGGUUGACGGUGGCGAGAGGAAGCCAGAUAUGCCGGAGCUUGAGGACGGCUCCUCGGAUUGGCGCCGUGGCGUGGAUCUCAUGGCUUCCCGCAACGCUGUGGGUGCUGGUAGCGUCAACCACCAGAAGCGCAAGCCUGAUAUUAUGCUCCCUCUCUUCACCAGGCCCGGGAUGUACCCGGAUCCUCACAGUCCCUUUGCCGUGUCCCCUCUGCCGGGGCGCGGCGGGGUCCUCAACGUCCCCAUCUCUCCGGCGUUGUCCCUGACUCCCACCCUGUUCUCCUACAGCCCCUCUCCGGGCCUCAGCCCCUUCACGGGGAGCAGCUGCUUCUCUUUUAAUCCCGAGGAAAUGAAACACUACCUGCAUUCACAAGCUUGCUCUGUCUUCAACUACCACCUGAGUCCGCGGACUUUCCCCCGCUAUCCGCUCAUGGUGCCGCCACUACAGUGCCAAAUGCCGCACGAGGAGCAACCCCAGUUUCCCAUCAAGCUCCAACCUCCACCCGUGGGCCGGAAAAACAGAGAGAGAUUGGAAAGCGCCGAGGAGCCGGUGGCCCCCCAGCUGGCUACUCCUCCUCCCAGGGUCAAGGUGGAGCCCGCGAUGGAUAAGGAGGCAGAGUCCGAAGAACCAGCGGCCAAAGGAAAAGAGGAGAGAGAGGAAAGCUCCGGCGCGGCAGCCGGCCAGGAAGAAGAGAAAGGGCCGGUGUUUGCCAGACCAGCUGCACCAUUGUGGCUCCCAGCGCCACCGGCACCCAGCCAGGCCUGCUUCUUAGCCGAAGAAUCCCAAGAGCAAGGGGAAAGCAGCGGGGAGAAAUCAUCCCGCGAGGCUACCGGAGACCCAGGAGCGCAGGAGAAAAGAGAGGAUGCCCUGAUGCCUCCCAAGCUGCGUCUCAAGCGUCGUUGGAACGGUGACCGGCAGGCAGAUGUCCCCGAGGAACGUCCCAAUGGCCAAGUCCACUGGAACGGGGCGCUGGGCAGCCCGCAUCUGCCAGCGGGGCCCAAGGCCGUGCCGGCCACGGCUGCCUCCGACACCUAAAGCUGGAGGAGCCUGGCAGAGUCUGUCUGUGCUGGAAACAUCCGUGUAUUUAUGUAGCAAGGUUGCAGAGCGCGGGGGGCGGGCGGGGGGCUGGGGCUAGCCUGGUUUGGUAAUUCUAGAAAACUAGGGGGGGGUUGUGUUCUUUGUUUUCGUUGUUGACUUGCAGGUGAGACGCGGUUGUCUCGCUCCGAUUCGGAGAGGCGAGGGAAGCCGACCGCCCUUGUGUGUGCGAGCUUCAAACCUCGCACGGAACUCCAGUGGGGUUGAGGCCUCCACCGGGCCGGAGGAACUCCAGACACGGUCUAUUUUCCGUACGCUCUAGUAUUUAUAGAAGCAGGAAUCUUACCAAUUCAUCUAAUUCCCUUUUUUAUAUAUAUAUAUACAUAUAUAUAUAUAUUUACGGAGCCUGGUGUGAUGAGGGGAGAGAGGAUUUCCUGCCCGUGCGUCAGCCUCGGAAGCCGGCUGCGUUUGGGGCGGGCAGAGGGAACACAGCGCCGGCUGUGGAGCAGGGAAUGAUGCGGAAAGACAGACACCAGUGGGACGCUGCCGGAGAGGGAGCGGCGUUCCCGGCGAGCGGAUCUCUGUAGCGCUUUGGGCUACGUUUUAAGUCAUCCCUUUUUUUGCCUUUCUGAAUGAAUUGCAGAAGCCAUGAGCAAAAUCUUAGGAACCUUUCAGGGAAAAGGGAGUGGGGUGGGAAAGAAAAAUAACCUAAUGCCUUUAAUCGACGCAUUAAAAUGUACCCUAGGAUUGUUUUUUUUCCCCCUAAUUGUAUGGGUGGAGUUGGGAGUGAUUGGAAGAUUAACGCUGCAGUGAUUGUGGUGAGUUCAUGGAGAAGGAAUGGCAGGAGCUUUGUUCAAUCCCGUUUCCUUUGUUCGGAUCCCCUAUCACUUUUGACUCAUGCCUUAACUACGUGUACACUUUAUAGGAACGGGGUUGGCUGAAAGCAGCCGCUCUGAUCCAGGUUGGGUUUCGUGGAGUUUUUGGGGCCUUUACCCCACGAUGGAGAAGCGCGGUGGUGGCGAGAGCGAAGGCCAACGGAGAGGAGCAGCCGUUCCGGGCUCCGCCUCUGCCGAGGUGGCGUUGACGGUGUAAAUCUCGCUGUAUUUUUUUUUUUUUGCUGUAAAUCUGCUAUUUCCCUACGCAGCUUAGGCUGAGGAACUUAGGCUCCAGCUUACACCGAGGGAACGCGCUCGUCUCUCGCUACAUUGGGACGAAUCCCUUCUCGAUUCCUUGAAAGGAGCUUGGAAAGAGCCGAUCUCCGCGGGGAUAGCGCUGUAGCCAGAAGGUGGCUGUUUAUUCCCGCGGCCGUAGGCGAGAGGCGUGCGUGGGCACAUCCCUCCCAUCCUGGACUCCGGAACAGUUGCAGGAGGGCAGGGAAGCGUGAGUUGAGCACAAGAUGAUUUGCAGACGCUAUUUGAUGGGGCUGGAGAUGCCCGGAGCGCUCCUAGGGGGAUGCAGGACCUGUUAUCCGCUUCCCUGGGUGACCUCGACCUCUCCCCGGCACAUGGAUUUACCUCCACGGCCGGAGCGUGGAGGAAAGGGGGAAGGAGCCCCUCAAUCCAGCCCCGGCGAGGGCUUGAGCGAGCGAACGAACUCAGGAAUUAGAAACACGAGGCCUUUCCCGUCACUGAUCCAUAUCGUCACCCCCGCGUGCCCAAGUGCCGGGCGGGAGCCGCCCUCUCGCCCUUCCGUAACGGCAAAAACAAACAAAUAAUCAAUUGAACUCUUGGUUUGGCUUUAAAAUCGGAUUGGGGAGGGGAGGGAAAGGGGUUGGAUUUUGUCUUCAUAGCCAUUGCACUGCAAACCGGGAGCUCCGCGUUCAGGGAUAACGGACUCAGGUUCUCAGGACAACGGACCAGUGACCGGCUGCGGGCGAUGGGAGCUCCGGGACGGCUCCUCCCAACAUCCCCUUGCCCGGCAGCAGCCUCGGAGGAGGGCGCUUAUAAAUACAGUUUAAAUAAUUAACAAAACCACAAAAAAAAACAAAAACACAAAAAAAAAAUGAAUUAUAUAUAUUCCGAUGUGCCAAAAUAUUUAAACUUGUAAAGUUUAAAUGGUUUGAAAUCUCCACGUCCACCUGUAUUAAUUAAUCAAGAGCAUGUUAAUGUUUUUAAACCAUUUUUGCUUUGUUUAGUCAUAGAGAAGCUGUAGGAAAGAGACUUUUUUAAGCGAGACAACCAAGACUUUGGGGGGGAAAAAGGAUUAAGACGGGGCAGGAAGGAUUCUCCGUGUGUCUUGAGCGGCGGGAAAGAAUGGAAGGCGCUGUGGAGCCGGAAUGAGGAGAAGAAAGAGGAGAAAGAAGAGGAACGGCCCCUCUCCAGAAGCAUUAAGAAGCCACCAGGACGUCCCCCCUCAGGACUGUGUUGUCCCUUUCUUUUUAUUUAUUCCAUAAUUAACGUUUUUGUUUUUAAAAGUAACUUUGUUUUUGUUUUCCUCUUUUUUUUUGUUGUUGUUUUUUUCUUUUCGUGUGUGUGUCUCUCUCUUACGGAUCCAGGUGGGGUUUUAAAACAAAAUGAAUUUCUUCUCGUUUUCAAUAAUCCGAAUCAAAUUGGUUAAAAACCACCGAGUUCGAUGAUGAUUAUAUUUUAGAGUGCUUUUAAGGAGAAAAUAUUUACCGCUAGCGAGCUGGGGGGGGUGUUUUUUUUAACGGAUCCCUUUUCCCAAGGCAUGUUCUUUGAUUUAUUAGGAUCGAUUCAGCAGGGAAUGAGUGUUGGAUGCACACACGGAUGCAGGGAAGAGCAGGAGGAACUGGGACCGUGUGCGGCUGUGUAUAUAACCGUGUAAAGUAGUCCUUAAUACUCAUUGUGCAGUGCCUUUAGACGUUCCACUUUCUAUAAAGUCUUCAAAAAUAAAAGUUUGCAUAUAUAUAUUAUAUAUAUAUGAUGUAAUGUUAUAGAAAUAUAUGUAUAAUAUACAUAUUUUUUUCCAGGGGUAUCUGAUAGCUCUGUAUUUUGUUAUGGAAGUUGAAAGAAAACAGAAAAACAAACAAAAAAAAGUAUUUUACCUCAAAUUAAAAAGUUAAAUAAACCUUUUAAAUAAGCA